AUGGGUAUUACUGGCCUGAUACCCUUUUUGGACAAAGCCUCUAGAAGAGCAAAUGUUAGCGAAUUCAGUGGUUCAUCGGUUGCAAUUGAUACUUAUUGCUGGCUUCAUAAAGGAGCUUUUGCUUGCGCUGAUAAACUAGUUCGGGGAGAAGAAACCGAUAUGCAAAUUGAUGAAGCGAGAUCCUUCAUGCGUCGCAGUGUGGACAUAACACAUGCAAUGGCGUUAGCUUUGAUAAAGGAAUGUAGGAAACGUAAUGUAGACUGUAUAGUAGCUCCUUACGAAGCUGAUUCACAAUUAGCAUACUUAAACAUCAAGAACUAUGCUCAACUAGUUAUAACUGAAGAUUCAGAUUUAAUACUUUUUGGUUGCACAAAGGUCCUGUUCAAAAUGGAUUUAGAGGGUAAUGGAACGUUGGUAGAAACAAUCAAACUACCUCUAGUAAUGAAAUGUCCCAUAGAACAUUACACAUUUGAUAAAUUCAGAAGAAUGUGUAUAUUGUCAGGAUGUGAUUAUUUGAACUCAUUACCGGGUAUCGGUUUGGCUAAAGCCCGUCAGUUUGUUAAUGCUUCACAGGAUACAAAUUUUGCUAAUGCUCUAAAGAAGUUGCCAAGUUUUUUCAACAGAUCGUUGCAAGUGAGUGAUGAUUAUAGAGAGAAUUUCCUCAAAGCCGAAGCAACAUUCAAACACCAAUAUGUGUAUGACCCUUCAGAGAGAUGUAUGACACGACUAACACCUGUUGAUGAUGAAGAAAUUGAAGCAGCCUUGUGUUCUAAUGCUGGAGAGCUUUUGGAUCCUCAAACGGCUUUCCAACUAGCUUUGGGUAACUUAGACCCUUUCACAUUGAAGAAAAUGGAUAAUUGGGAUCCAGAUAAUAGAAAUGAUGUGACAGAUCAUGUAAGGAGUUCAAAUUGGAAGGAUCCAGGUGUAUCAAAUAAGCCAAGUAUAUGGAGUGAGGCUUACAAGGAAUAUUUAGAUGAAACUCAACCUUGGCUGAAGAAGAUUCAGAAACAGGAACCAAUAAUAUCAACACAGACACGAGCAAGGAAAAAAGUGGUCACUUUAACAACUAAAUAUGUACCAGAGACACAGGAUGAUAGUUUAUCAAUAGAGACACUCAGCAACAUGUACUGUAUGGAACCGGCUAGCAAGAAACAGAAAAUUGAACAAAAUAAAAAUAAUACUAAUAUAAAUGAUAACAGAAAUAAUUUAAAUCUUAAUCAAAAAUCACCCAUACUGGAGAACAAAGGCCGAUCAUUCAAGAAAUCUCUAAGUUCGGGUAGUUUUUCUGUUUUGAAGAAAUUGAGUGCUUUCCCAAGAACCAUUCUAGAUGACAAAAUCAUUGAAAGCAAAUUCUUCACUUCAAACGAAAAAGAAUCCAAUGUUUCGUGUAAUAGAGUUGAAAAUCAGACGAUAAUACAGGAAUCACCAGAAAAAGAUUUAGAUAUUGCUAUGAUAGAUACAUGCACGGAUUCAAGCUCACAGAAAGAGAAUUCUCUUAGUCCGAUAAAGAAAAGUCCUAUAUUAGAGAGCCCUAGAACAAGGAAUCCGUUCAAGUUAAAAGACUCUCAAUCAUUAAAAGAUUCUCAAUCAACGAAUGAUACAGGGUUCAGUGAAUCCGUCAUAGAAAAUACAUGUCCUAUUGACUUAGAGCCACCCAUAUGUACGUCGCCCGUCAAGCCCGCUGUUCCUCUAGAUAAGUUUAAGUUCAAUCAAAAUAUAAAGAAGUCUAAAGCGCCCGCUAAGAAACUUCAAAGUUCUCAACCAACUAUCUUGAGUAUGUUCGGCUUUCAGAAGAAGGAUACAUAUGUGUCGUUAGUACAUAACAAUGAAACGAUUCACGACGUUAACAAGUUUCACUACCUCAAGACGUACUUGGAAGGGCCGGCUAGCGCUGUCAUAAACUCACAAUCAUUUAAAAUUCAAGAACAAAGUGAUAAUAAUAGUAAAAACUUACCUACGCUAUCACCUGCCGCCACGGUCGCUACCGAUUCCGAAGUACCGAGUAGCUCUGCUUCGGUUUCCAUGACUGCAAUUUCUACCAAUCAAUCACUUCUCUCUACUGCUUUAGUCAAGGUGACGAGUAACGGUAAAACAUGCAUAUUAAGAGCUUUACUAGAUUGUGGCAGUCAGUCUUCUUUCGUGACUGUCAGGGCUCUAAGGGAAACAGGUUCGCAACAUUUUGAUUCUGAUAACCAUAGCGUAUCAGGUAUAGGAAGUAGUGUCUUCAAUGUCACAAAACAUUGCUAUUUAGAUAUAGGGUCGUUAAACAGUUCGUUAGUUAUGCGUGUUAAAUGUUUUGUGUUACCUCACAUCACUGAUAGAUUACCCAACGUUGCAGUAAACGUACAACAUUUGGACAUUCCGUGUCAUGUCCAACUUGCCGAUCCAAAGUUCUUUGAACCUUCCGAUAUUGAUCUUUUAUUGGGUGCUGAUGUAUUUUGGGACUUGUUGGAAUCAAGCAGGAUAAAUUUAGGACCUCAAGGCCCAAUCUUGCAAGAAACGAAGCUGGGAUGGAUAGUAGCGGGUCCAACUGCUAUUCAUAGUAACAGAUCCGAUGGAAUUGCUAGAGUCGCCGAUGUCCUCACCUCCAAGGGAGUCGUCCGUGGAGCUAUACACAACCUCUGUUCUUUAGAAAAUUCAAGGGACGUCACUCGAACAUCGAAGGAUUUCGAGGGGGGGGAAGAUGUUGGAGCCAAUUACCAAGAAUGUAAACGCCUCAUAUAA